CUGAAAACCUCUGGCCCUCCCGGCCCGGUGCUCCACUCGCGCUGCAAGCCUUGCGGAGUGUGCACAAUCAGCCAAGUCCUGUAGCUCUCCACAGCCACCACAAGUGCUCAGAAAUGGCCAACAGGGGACCUUCAUAUGGCCUGAGCCGGGAGGUGCAACAGAAGAUCGAGAAACAGUAUGAUGCGGACCUAGAACAGAUCCUGAUCCAGUGGAUCACCACCCAGUGCCGCAAAGAUGUGGGCAGGCCCCAGCCUGGGCGGGAGAACUUCCAGAACUGGCUCAAGGAUGGCACGGUUUUGUGUGAACUCAUUAAUGCACUGUACCCUGAGGGGCAGGCCCCUGUAAAGAAGAUCCAGGCCUCUACCAUGGCCUUCAAGCAGAUGGAGCAGAUCUCCCAGUUCCUGCAGGCAGCCGAGCGCUACGGCAUCAACACCACUGACAUCUUCCAGACUGUGGAUCUCUGGGAAGGAAAGAACAUGGCCUGUGUGCAACGGACACUGAUGAAUCUGGGUGGGCUGGCAGUAGCCAGGGAGGAUGGCCUCUUCUCUGGAGAUCCCAACUGGUUUCCCAAGAAAUCCAAGGAGAAUCCUCGGAACUUCUCAGACAACCAGCUGCAAGAGGGCAAGAAUGUGAUUGGGUUACAGAUGGGCACUAACCGUGGGGCGUCUCAGGCAGGCAUGACUGGCUAUGGCAUGCCACGCCAGAUCCUCUGAUUCCACCUUACCUAUGCCCCUUCCCUCCCCUGAAUGGUUAAUAUAUAUGUAUAUAUAUAUGUUUUAGCAAAGACAUUCCCUGAGAGUCCCUGGAGCACUCAAGCUCCCCUCUGCCAGGGUGUGUGUGGGGGAGGGGCAUCCAGCCUGUCCUGUCACGGGUGCCUGUUGGCAGCCUUUUCCCUACGCUUCCUAAUACAUUCCAUCCUUACACUCAUCAAAACUGGACCAAAGUUUUCUCCUAGGACCAAAGUUUGGGUAUUUUAGCACUCUCCUCUCCACUAUGCCUCUCCUCUUUCUCUGACUUUUUUUGACCUUGAACUCUGUGCUCUUGGUCCAUUCCUUGGCUGGGAGUCAGCGAUGCUGCCUGUGGCCUGAUGCACGUUGACCUUCAUUCCACAAGUGUGCCUUUCCCGCAGCUGUGGCUACAGGGACUAAUUUAUAGGGAGGGCCUUAUGGUGGCUGCCACUUACCACACAUCUGGGCCAUCCUUUCCUGGCAGAGGCCCCUUGGCUUCUCAUUUUCCAUUGCCCUUGCUGUGGCUAAGGGGUGGGAUUGAGGGGGCGGGGGGCAGAAGGGCCGCUCACUGUGGUCUCAGACUCGAGGAAUAUGAGUUCAGUGAUUUAAAUAAAGAAUCCCAGUCUUUUUUUGGAUGGA